GUAGAAGGCAACAUGGGAAAAAAAUGAAAACAACCUGGGUUGCAGUAACCCGUGAAAAUGUUCACCUGGCUCAUUUGUAUCAGUGAUUAUGAACAACAUGCUAAAUCGAUACUUCCCAAGUCUAUAUAUGACUAUUAUAGGUCUGGGGCAAACGAUCAAGAAACCUUGGCUGAUAAUAUGGCAGCAUUUUCCAGGUGGAAGCUCUAUCCACGGAUGCUCCGGAACGUUGCUGAAAUAGACCUGUCGACUUCCGUUUUAGGGCAGAGAGUCAGCAUGCCAAUAUGCGUUGGGGCUACGGCCAUGCAGUGCAUGGCUCACGUGGACGGGGAGCUUGCAACUGUGCGAGCCUGCAGGUCGCUGGGAACCGGCAUGAUGCUGAGUUCCUGGGCCACCUCCUCCAUCGAAGAAGUGGCGGAGGCCGGUCGCGAGGCACUCCGCUGGCUGCAGCUGUACAUCUACAAGGACCGUGAAGUCACCGAGCAGCUGGUGCGGCGGGCCGAACGAACGGGCUACAAGGCCAUUUUUGUCACAGUGGAUACCCCUUACCUGGGCAACCGCUUCGACGAUGUGCGUAACAGGUUCAAGCUGCCACCCCAGCUCAGAAUGAAAAAUUUCGAAACCAAUGACUUAGCAUUUUCUCCUAAGGAAAACUUUGGAGACAACAGUGGACUUGCUGCCUAUGUGGCUAAAGCCAUAGACCCCGCCAUCAGCUGGGAGGAUAUUAAAUGGCUGAGGGGGCUGACGUCACUGCCCAUUGUUGCCAAAGGCAUUUUGAGAGGAGAUGAUGCCAGGGAGGCAGUCAAACAUGGUUUGGAUGGAAUCUUGGUGUCGAAUCAUGGGGCUCGACAACUCGAUGGCGUGCCCGCCACUAUAGAUGCUCUGCCAGAAAUUGUGGAGGCUGUGGAAGGCAAGGUGGAAGUCUUCCUGGAUGGCGGUGUUCGGAAAGGCACCGAUGUUCUGAAAGCUCUGGCCCUGGGAGCCAAGGCUGUGUUUGUGGGGAGACCAGUCAUUUGGGGCUUGGCUUCCCAGGGAGAGAAAGGGGUUCAAGAUGUCCUUGAGAUACUUAAGGAAGAAUUCCGGCUGGCCAUGGCUCUGAGUGGGUGCCAGAAUGUGAAAGUCAUCGACAAGACAUUGGUGAGGAAAAAUCUUUUGGCCCUUUCCAAGAUCUGACAGUGCACAAUAUUUUCCCAUCUGUAUUAUUUUUUUCCAGCAUGUAUUACUUGACAAAGAGACACUGUGCAGAGGGUGACCACAGUCUG